GACUCUGCCUGCCGGCGCGGCAGAACCAUGGGGUUGGCGGGCUCCGGACCGCCCGAGCAAUUCACAAGGCGCUCGGGCUCGCCCCCAUCGCUAACUCCGCCUAUUUAAUCCCGGCGGCUCCCCACUCUCCGUCCUCCUCCUGGCUCCUGCCCGCCCCCUUCGUCCGGGUGGUAGGAAACACUCCAGUCUCCAACUCGACGUGUCCGGAAAGCCCUGGCCAGUUUCCCUUUCGUUCUGCGGCCGCUGCUGCCAGCGCGCGGCUUCCUCAGACCCGCGGGCGCAGCCACCCGGGGUGAGGCGCCUGGGGGCCGCGGGCCGAGCGGCGGGGCUCCCCGAGCACCAUGCUGGACCCGUCUUCCAGCGAAGAGGAGUCGGACGAGGGGCUGGAAGAGGAGAGCCGCGAUGUGCUGGUGGCGGCCGGCGGCUCGCAGCGAGCAGCGCCGGCCCCGGCUCGGGAAGGGCGGCGGGACGCGCCGGGACGCGCGGGCGGCGGCGGUGCGGCCAGACCCGUGAGCCCGAGCCCCUCGGUGCUCAGUGAGGGGCGAGACGAGCCCGAACGGCAGCUGGACGAGGAGCAGGAGCGGAGGAUCCGCCUGCAGCUCUACGUCUUCGUCGUGAGAUGCAUCGCGUAUCCCUUCAACGCCAAGCAGCCUACCGACAUGGCCCGGCGGCAGCAGAAGCUUAACAAGCAACAAUUGCAGUUACUGAAAGAUCGGUUCCAAGCCUUCCUCAACGGGGAAACCCAAAUCAUAGCCGAUGAAGCAUUUUGCAAUGCGGUUCGGAGUUACUAUGAGGUGUUUCUGAAGAGUGAUCGAGUGGCCAGGAUGGUUCAGAGUGGAGGAUGUUCUGCUAAUGACUUCAGAGAGGUGUUUAAGAAAAACAUAGAAAAACGUGUGCGGAGUUUGCCAGAAAUUGAUGGCUUGAGCAAAGAGACAGUGCUGAGUUCAUGGAUAGCCAAAUAUGACGCCAUUUACAGGGGUGAAGAGGACUUGUGCAAACAGCCAAAUAGAAUGACCCUAAGCGCUGUAUCUGAACUUAUUCUGAGCAAGGAACAACUCUAUGAAAUGUUUCAGCAGAUUCUGGGUAUUAAAAAACUAGAACACCAACUCCUUUAUAAUGCGUGUCAGCUGGACAAUGCAGAUGAACAAGCAGCCCAGAUCAGAAGAGAACUUGAUGGUCGUUUGCAAUUGGCAGAGAAAAUGGCAAAGGAAAGAAAAUUCCCUAAAUUUAUAGCAAAAGAAAUGGAGACUAUGUAUAUGGAAGAGUUGCGGUCUUCAGUGAAUUUGCUAAUGGCCAAUUUGGAAAGUCUUCCAGUUUCGAAAGGUGGUCCAGAAUUUAAAUUACAAAAAUUAAAACGUUCACAGAAUUCUGCAUUUUUGGACAUAGGAGAUGAGAGUGAGAUUCAGCUGUCAAAGUCCGACGUGGUGUUGUCAUUCACCUUAGAGAUUGUCAUAAUGGAAGUGCAAGGUUUGAAGUCAGUCGCCCCCAAUCGAAUUGUUUACUGUACAAUGGAAGUGGAAGGCGGAGAAAAACUGCAGACAGAUCAGGCUGAAGCCUCAAGGCCACAAUGGGGAACUCAAGGAGAUUUCACCACUACCCAUCCUCGGCCCGUGGUCAAAGUAAAACUCUUCACGGAAAGCACUGGGGUCCUGGCCCUUGAAGAUAAAGAACUGGGAAGGGUAAUAUUAUAUCCAACUUCUAAUAGCUCCAAGUCUGCUGAGUUGCACAGAAUGCUAGUUCCAAAAAAUAGCCAGGACUCGGACUUAAAAAUCAAAUUGGCAGUGCGAAUGGAUAAGCCACCGCAUAUGAAACAUAGUGGAUAUCUGUAUGCCCUUGGACAGAAGGUUUGGAAAAGAUGGAAAAAACGUUACUUUGUUCUUGUACAGGUUAGCCAGUACACUUUUGCCAUGUGCAGUUAUAGAGAAAAAAAGUCUGAACCACAAGAGUUAAUGCAACUUGAAGGAUACACUGUGGAUUAUACAGAUCCCCACCCAGGCCUUCAGGGUGGUCAGAUGUUCUUUAAUGCUGUUAAAGAAGGAGAUACUGUAAUAUUUGCCAGUGAUGAUGAACAAGAUAGAAUAUUAUGGGUUCAAGCCAUGUAUAGGGCCACAGGUCAAUCAUAUAAACCCAUUCCUGCAAUUCAAACCCAGAAGCUGAAUCCUAAAGGAGGAACUCUCCAUGCAGAUGCUCAGCUUUAUGCAGACCGUUUUCAGAAACAUGGUAUGGAUGAGUUUAUUUCUGCAAAUCCUUGCAAGCUUGACCACGCCUUCCUUUUUAGAAUACUCCAGAGGCAGACUUUGGAUCACAGACUGAAUGAUUCCUAUUCUUGCUUGGGUUGGUUUAGCCCUGGCCAAGUUUUUGUGUUAGACGAGUACUGUGCCCGUUAUGGUGUGAGAGGCUGUCACAGGCAUCUCUGCUACCUUACAGAACUGAUGGAACAUUCAGAAAAUGGUGCUGUUAUUGACCCAACCCUGCUCCAUUACAGCUUUGCAUUCUGCGCCUCUCAUGUGCACGGCAACAGGCCUGAUGGAAUUGGAACUGUUUCAGUGGAAGAAAAAGAGAGAUUUGAAGAGAUAAAAGAAAGACUCUCUUCCCUUUUAGAAAAUCAGAUAAGCCAUUUCAGAUACUGUUUUCCCUUCGGACGACCUGAAGGUGCUCUAAAAGCUACACUUUCGUUGCUUGAAAGGGUUUUAAUGAAAGAUAUUGCCACUCCCAUACCAGCAGAAGAGGUGAAAAAAGUGGUCAGAAAAUGUCUUGAGAAAGCUGCCUUGAUCAAUUACACUAGACUCACAGAAUAUGCCAAAAUAGAAGGCCCAGCAGAAAAGGAAACAGAAACUGAAGCAGAGGUUACCAGCUACCAGCCAGUCCCUGGUCUCACAGCUAAGACCAUGAACCAGGCAACUCCUGCUAGAAAGCUGGAAGAGGUUCUUCACCUAGCAGAGCUCUGCAUAGAAGUCUUACAGCAGAAUGAAGAGCAUCAUGCAGAGGCAUUUGCUUGGUGGCCCGAUUUAUUGGCAGAGCACGCAGAGAAAUUUUGGGCUUUAUUCACAGUGGAUAUGGAUACUGCGCUGGAGGCUCAACCACAAGACUCCUGGGAUAGUUUUCCUCUUUUCCAACUGCUUAAUAAUUUCCUCAGAAAUGACACGCUUUUAUGUAAUGGAAAAUUUCACAAACACUUGCAAGAAAUCUUUGUGCCCUUGGUUGUCCGCUAUGUGGAUCUCAUGGAGUCCUCCAUCGCCCAGUCAAUUCACAGAGGUUUUGAGCAAGAGACGUGGCAGCCUGUCAACAACGGCUCAGCAACAUCAGAAGACCUUUUUUGGAAGCUUGAUGCACUGCAGAUGUUUGUCUUUGAUCUACACUGGCCAGAACAAGAAUUUGCCCACCACUUAGAGCAAAGACUUAAACUAAUGGCCAGUGAUAUGAUAGAGGCCUGUGUCAAAAGAACAAGAACUGCAUUUGAACUCAAGCUGCAAAAGGCAAGCAAAACAACUGACUUGCGCAUUCCAGCUUCUGUGUGUACCAUGUUUAAUGUAUUAGUCGAUGCCAAAAAGCAAAGCACCAAACUCUGUGCCCUGGAUGGAGGACAGGAGUUUGGUAGUCAAUGGCAACAGUACCAUUCAAAAAUAGAUGAUUUGAUUGACAACACUGUAAAAGAAAUCAUUUCACUCCUAGUUUCAAAGUUUGUUUCAGUGUUGGAAGGGGUGUUGUCUAAGCUGUCAAGAUAUGAUGAAGGCACUUUCUUCUCAUCCAUUCUGUCAUUCACUGUGAAAGCCGCUGCAAAAUAUGUUGAUGUUCCAAAACCAGGAAUGGAUCUGGCAGACACCUAUAUUAUGUUUGUUCGGCAAAACCAGGAUAUUCUUCGAGAAAAAAUCAAUGAGGAAAUGUAUAUAGAAAGGCUGUUUGAUAUAAGAAAACCGAGGAAGAGAGAAAGCAAGUGACACAUUGGCUCAGUUGAGCAAGUAAUAGCAUGAAGGAGCCAGCACUGCUCGCCCUGUCAGCUUCUGUGUUGAUAUUCUUCUCCUCUGGUGUGUUGACAGCCAGCCCUCACUGCCACGUCCAGAUGCGAGUCUCUCUCUUCCCCCAUGAAUGUCUGUCUCUGGGUCUAGCUGAGAAUGUUGAUAGGUGUAGGUUAGGUUGAACACUUCCUGUAUUUUUAACCGUAAUAGACUGGUUUCAGUUUUCCUUAAAUAUAGCCCUUACUCCUAUUCCAAACCAACAAAAAGUUUAUACUAAAAAUUUUCAAAAUGCUUAUGUUGUGAGGGUCUGUUUUGUGGAACCAAAUAUGAUGGUUUCUGUGGGAUGCCUUGAAUAGAGGAAGGUAACGUUGGUAUUAUUAUAUCAAAUUUACCAUUAAUAUUAAAUUCACAUUUUAAUGCUUAGAAAUGAGAAGUGAGUGGCCACUAUAUCACAGAAUUUAGUUGUAUUAAAUAGAUUUACUGUUGACAAAAGGAACACUCCGUGUAUAAUGAAGCAUUUCUAUUUACUUUUUAAUAUACCACUGAAACUGUAGGGCAUUAACGUUUCUAAGUAUUUUGUUGCUCUGUAAAGCUACAAAAUGAUCCUAAAGAAUCACUUAUAUUUAUCAAACUUACCAAAACCUUCAGCAUUUCCAAAAUAUUAUUUGUUCUUUUAUUUAACUCAAGUUAGCUUUUAAAAGGUACAUAUUUCCUAAGGCAAGGUUUUCAGAUGAUAUUUCAUUUCAACAUGGUGACUCAACAUUUGUAAAACAGACAGCUUUUCUUGGAAUAAAUGAAGAAAUACAUACAUACUGUGGAAAUUUAGCCAUUCCAUAUCUUAGUGCACUAAAAAGUAUUGGUUCUUUUUUUUUCCCCUGUUGUUCACCUAUUGAGACAAGCAUAGCUGGAGAAAAAUGAAAAUGUAUCAACUAGUUGUACCAAUUCAUAAUCAAUAAAAAACUGAACACUUAAGCAGAAAAUGUAUCACAGAUUUGUUCCCUAGCAAAGCUGUUAUUUUUACCUUGCCAUCAUCAUCAGAAGCCACAUUCUGACAGAAAUCAUUUGCUUGAAGCAGCCACAAUAUAUAAACCCUAUGUGGUCUUGUGAUUCAGAUUUAGGAAUAUCAGCCACAGAGGGUCUAAAGGCAUUGUGCAUUAGUAUGUAUUGAGACCUCAUUCCAGGUGGCAAGCAGCUGGACUUUUUAAAGAUAAAACUUCCAAAAUAAAUGUGAAGUGCCUGUUUCUAGGCAAUAAGUGUUAUAUUUAAUUGAAUCAUCCUCAAAAUGUAUAAAUUUGGCAGAAAAGGGAGUUGUGCAUAUUUAAUGUAUUUGUUUUGUAUUUCCACUCGUCAACAGAAUAAUGAAAUUCCUUAGCUACUUCUCUCUAACUUGCAUGAAGAAAGCACGGUAUGUUGCUAAAUCUCUUUUCACCAGCACUGUGGAGAAACAACUUUAAUCCUUGUUAGAAAAUUGCCGAGUCUGGGACUGACAAAGAGCUCAUGCUUGUUCCAUUGUUAGUGCUCCCCGGCCCCAAGAGCAGAGCCCUUUUCAGCGGGCGUGGAUCCCGCCCGGCUCAGCUGCACUAUUUAGGAGAGGAGGUUUGUCAAUUUCUAUUGACAAUGGAGAGAGUUUUUCAGGGCCUGUAGCAGUGCUAACACAGUUGGGGAUCAAUGCCAGCCAUUCAGACUGCACCCUCUUUCAUUGCUUUGGUUUGUUAAUUCAAGACUAAAGGUCCACUGAGGGGGUUCAGGGCGUUUAAGAAAGCUGAUGAACUGCAAGCAUUUAUAGCUCUGCUGUGGCGAUUUCCAUAGUCAGUGGCAACUCUUGGCACUGAGGGAGCUGUGUCCUUGUUGACCCUCUUGUUAUUAAAAAUGCACAAGUGCUGCGCUUCUCAAUAUUUCAACACUCUUUCAUUGUCAAUACCACCUUCUGAGCCCUUCAGCUUGUUGCUCGCUCUAAAGAUCUUCUUAGAUUGGGUUUGAAAACUUCACCUUAAACACUAGAUUAGCCUGAUGUUCUGUUUUCCGUGCUCCUGUUGAUUUGUUGAACCUUCCCAGGGUUGGAAAGCAAGUAGCAGCUUGAUGGGGAGACGGGCUGCUAAUAUGAUUCACCAGUCUACAGUCAUGCACAAUAAGUGUGAAUAAAUACAGGGGUCUCACAGAGUCAACCCUAGCCUUUCCUUUCCUUUUCUUUUUGCUUUAAAAGAGAUAUCUCAAGAAAAUGAAGUGAGUAAUGCAUGCCCUUACAGGAGCUGAAUGAACCACAAGAAGAAAAAAAAAAAGCAUAUUUUUUGUUAAAGUGGUAGGCUGCUGUCAUGGAUUGAUGUAGAAAAAGAAAAAAGUAGACUAUACACUUAUUGCUUUCUUCCUAAGUAGACCCAAACACAGAAUGUGGCCCUAAUGCCGUGCCCAGGACUUCAGUGCGAGCCGCAGCGCCCCUUCCUUGUCAUCCCCUGAAGGGGAAAGUAAAUAGUUGACCAAGUUGUUUUAUAAAAUUAACUUUUCCAAAAUGAAAGGACAUUUUCUGACGUUCACACUUUGCUGCACAUUCACCCUUUUCAAUUUUUUUUUCCUCUUUGUUUGCUUUGGGGGGUUGGUUUGGUUUGGUGGAGGGAGAAGCUAACCUACCUUUGACUUUUUUCUCAACAUGAAAAAAUAGGACCUAGCAUACUCCACAUCCAAAAGGAGAACACAUCACUUCCAGCCCCAGAAAUAGGAAAGUGCUAGUGAUUUCUGUUUGGUGGUUUUGUCUGCUUGCUUGCUUGUUUGGGGGUGUCUGUGUGUAUUUUACCGUAUACAAGAAAGAAGCAGUCCUAUUGGGUUUUUUGUUGUUGUUAGCUUAUUCUUAGUAGCAACAUAAACUCUGAGCUAAGCUACUGCUUUCUCAUUUGCUUGAUUUAUCUGAAAUUCCUCAAAAUG